AUGGUAUCGAUAUCUCGUGGCGCGGCGGCCGUUUCGCAAUGGGUCGAGCAGCAAACGCACGACUUUUUCUAUUGGCUCGGCCUCAAAAUCGCCGAUUAUCCGCGCGCGACGCUAUUUAUCACGUGAGUAUUGUUGCAGUUUUUGGCAAGCCCUUUCGUUUCCCGCAACCGGUUUCGACCGAUCGCAAACGCGCUUGGAAAGCAUUUCUGAUUAUCAAACGAAUCGAUACGAAUUCCAGAACAGUAUGGGCUCUGAUGAUGUGUGCGGGAGUCGUCCGCUUCAAAGAAGUCAACAAUGUUCGCGAUCAUUUCAGGUACUGUACUUUUUUUCUUUUUUUUGUUGGAAAAAUGCUCAACUAGACUGUUUUCAGCGCCUCAAACUCGCCGUCGCGUUACGAGUACCGUGUGGCUCGCGAAUUUUUCCAAGAGCUCGGAAGUCCGUUCCACGUGGUUGUGGCGAUGCAGGCUGUGGAUGGUGGAAGUUUGUUGAGACCAAAGUGAGUGAGAGAAAUAUACAGUUUAUUGUGGCGCUUUGUAGAGAUAUCAAAAAGUGGUCAACUGGGAAAAUGUGCACAAUUUCUCGAUGAGCAAUUUGUUAGUUGACGACUUUUUGAUAUCUUUAUCGACAACUGAGAUGUAUCGUUUUGAAAAAGAGUGACGGUGAACACGUGUAAAUCAACGACAAGUCGACAUGAUGCGUUCAAAAUUUUUGUGCAUAAUCUUGACAUUUAGUACUAUGUUUUUGUAGUUGAUCACUUUUUUCUAGGACUUCUCCUAAGAGUACUGUAGUCCCUGGAAGUUGGGGUUCGUCGAAGCAUAGGAUUACUUCCAACUCGGAGUUCCAAGCGCUACAGUACCCCAGAGAAUGGUCAACUGCAAAAACAUUGUACAAGAUGUCAAGACUUCUAAAAAAUAACAAUAGAGACCGGGGGAAACGUCUUCGAACUCUACAAUAUCAGUUAAAAGUUGGUUAAACGAUAGAUUCCCUGCUAUUUCCGCUCUCCUGAGACUCUUGUCGCUCUUCCAAAUUGUCGAACUGCAACUGAGUCGAAGUAUCUCGAUCCCUUCGCUUCUUCCGAUCCUCUUCUCUUUGCCGCACCGCCGCCUCCUCCUCGAAUCUCUGCCGUUCGGCCCGACUGCUUCCCUCCACCAAAAACGGGUUUUCGCGUGGUGCUAGCGGUUUCGGACGCGCCGAGCAGUAGCAAUGACAACACCACGGGGUACUGUAGAAGAGCUCUCGCUUCUUGCUCUCUCCGAGCAUUGUGCACAGAGGGACGACCACGCCUGAAAAAGCGAAAAAUUUUAUUUAAGCGAAACGCCUCAUGAUUAUACUCAUUUUGUAGGAAAUUUCACGCUGAUCACUUUUUCCUCUUGACAUUUCUCUCUAUCUCUUCUAGUUUUCGACUUGGACCCUGUUGAACUUACUGCAACACGCGGAAAACACCAAAUCCAGCAGAAAACGCUCUUUAUCGUCCAAUUUCGGCGAAAAUGAUAGGUUGACUUUCAAUAGCAGUUGAAUAGAUAUUGUGAACUUCAAAAACAACAUAAUUAUAUUGUAUGCUCACGUGAUUUCGAUGAAAUUACCAACUGGAAGGCGGCAAUUGGAAGCGCCUGCCGGAUGAUAUUAUCCGAAUGUUUGUAGCUUCGACUCCACAUCGAAAUUGAGAGAUAGCCGAAAAAAGAGCCGAUGCUCAGCACCAGUUUGCAUCCGUUGUCGAUCUAAAUUCGAAACUUACAAUACUUUUACCCCGACAACUACUGUAGGCCUACCACAAAUGCGUAGAAUAGCGUGUAGUUGUGGAACUUUUCGUGGAAAAAUGUGUAGAGCGCGGAUUGGAAGGAAAUGAAGGCAAAUGCGACACAGGUGAUACUGGCAAACAGGAGACCCACCCUAAAAACGCAUUUUUUGAGCAAUUUUCGCAACCGGACACUUGGCAACCAGAGAAAAUGAGCACUGCUUAGAAACUGACCCGGUAACUUUCAAACGAAACAUUUUGAAGUAAAAUGGUCAACUACAAAGUUGUAGAGCUUGAAAUUUUGAACAAUUUUGCAGUUGACAACUUUUUGAAAGCAACAAUAGUUGUUGAGAUAUAGGGCGUCAAAGUAAAAUGAUUUUUUACCGAAAGUUCUUUGACGCUGUCAGACCUGAUUUUUAAGAAAAAAAAAGUACCACAAUCGCAACCGGACAUUUCGCAACCACUUACCACCUCAUAGAACUCAGUUGCGGAAACUUGUGAGCCAAUAUUCGAUGGAAGCACAAAGUGGCAUCCACAACCGAAAUUAGAGUAGGGGUGACGAGGGCGAACAUGAAUGGAAUCACAAUUAUAUUGUAGCCUUCAACGUUUUCGCUAGAAAAUAUUGUUUAGAUAUUGUAAACUUACGAAAGUGCUCUGCGCCCAGAAACCUCAAAAAUGGGGUGGCACAGCCGAAAAGCAGAAUGACGAGCGAAACCAACUGAAUCGCGUUCAUUUCGAGCAAAAGCGGAUAGUAGAAUAGGCGUUUUUCGUACUUGUAUCGACGACACAAUAUUACAAUCGCUCGAACGUUCAUAUAGAGUCCACAGAGCACGGUGAGCACAAAAGUUAGUACUAGAAUUUUGAAAACCGUAUAAUCUUUGUCCAAUUCUUCUUCGUCGCAACGUCUAGAAUGCAUGGAGACGCGUUGAAAUGAAAGUGUGAGUGAGAGUGAGGAGGAAAAAAAUGCAUAAAUAUAUAUAUAUAUAUAAUAAUAGGUGGGCUCGAUUCUCACCUGCUCUUAUCGCAAUCAGCUGCGAAUAACAGCGACGUCAGCAGACGUGUUUCGUUCAGGUACAUCGACAAGGCGCUCGAGAUCGAGGACUUUUUGCAGUACAAGCUCAAGGGCGAGUACGGUAAUCACAGCUACGCGUACUCGGACUUUUGCGGCACCCAAUGCGAGACGUCCGACGCCGUCAACAUCUUUCUCACAAUGUUUCGCGAUCAGCAGAAGAAGCAGACGGCGCACGUGAAGCUCACCUAUCCGAGUAUGGACGUGUUCGGACACCGCAUCUAUCUGGCCAACAACAUCUUUCAGGUGCACAUCAACAAUCGGUACGUUUCUUACCACUAUUUCCGCAAGAUUCUAGGCGGCAACCUUGACCCCAAUUUUGUAUGUUUGACAUCUAGCGUUUACUAUGCUCGCCACCAGAGUUGAGCUGAAGAACUCAACUGAAGAAUUUUUAUAUCUUUUUUAGAAAAUUUUUUCAUCGAAUGUGAUCAACUGACGAAAUGUAGAGCAAAGUGAACUCUGCUCAUAGAAAAAUAAUUGUAAAUUUAACUUUUCAUACAAAAAAGUUAUUCGAGUUGUUGCGCGAAAAUGUCCUUCCGUCUUCCGUUAGCCCUUUUUUCACGGAACAAGUUGAUCACAUUUCCUGAAAAAAUUUUCAAAAAAAGAUAAAAAUUCUUCCGUGUUCUUCCGUUGAGUUCUUCCGCUCAACUCUGCUCGCCACGGUCUCCAGAGCUCGGCCAAAUGGCGUUUUCAUGAAUUGAGCAGGUUUUCUCUGAUUUUUGUGGUCAACGGCGAUGAAAAAUGCAUGUUCGACACGAAAACACACUAAUUCUCGCAGAAUGAAUGACGUUUUGGCGCAUUUUUUGCGGAUUUCGCGGAUUUCGCUUUUUCGCCUUCGCCGCCAAAAACCGCACUUUUCAUUUUGCGCUUUCUUGACCGUUUUCCGACAGAAUUGAUUUUGAGAACGAUAAAUCACGUGAAUACAAGCAUUUUGAGCGCUCGAACAGCGAAAACUACCGAAAAGCAACUGAAAUUCACGCAGUUUUAGCCCAAAAACCUUCAAACGGAUAAAUGUGAUUUGCGACUUGACCAAAUUUGACGCUCUUGCGCUUUAAAAAUUCGUAAAAGCCUAUACAAUCGGUCUAUCGAAAGAUAAAUGAGAAAUUAUCGGUUUUUCGUGGCUAAUCUGGCAAAAAAACACAAAUUUUGCAGUUAAAAUUUGAAUUUCGCGCCAAUGUAUCGCGGGGCGCACUUGCGCGCCCAUUGUCAGCUCUGGAGACCGUGUGCUCGCCUUUUAAUAGUGCUUUUUCUACCGUUGAUUGAGACGAUUGUCAUCUGAAAUCGAGAAAAAGGUGUUUCCGUUUUCAGAUCAAACAUUAUCGAAGAGUCCAAGUUGGUGGCCAUCAAUUUUCACGCCAUUUACAACAACGAGACCAUGUACGAGAUUAUGAAGCAGUGGGAGAAGGUGAUCAGACUCAAAUUCAACUAGACCGGCCUACGUUUCUCGAAGAAUUGUCUUUCUAAAAAAUUUUACCGACUUUCUAUCAAGAUUAUCGAUUUCUUGUAACGUCCCCCGUUUCAGAAACUCUUCGACUACUCGCUGUCGACGGAGAACGACGCGCUGAUCAAAGUGUACGUGACGAGCGAGGGCCUCGUGUCCGAGGAGGUGCGCCGAACGGGAAUUCUCGCGAUGCCGCUCAUGGGCAUCACCUUCCUCAUCAUUCUCGCGUUCACCGUGCUCACCACGCUCAAAAAGGACCCGGUCAAGUCGAAGCCGUUCGAGUCGUUUCUCGGCGUCAUUUGUCCGCUGCUCUCGCUGUGCGCCUCGUUCGGAAAUUUGUUCUGGGUACGUUUGUUGGCAAAAGUGUGGCGGCAAAACGUGUGAUUUUUCUUCCUGCAGUUCGGCUUCGAGUACUUGCCCAUCGUCACCGUCGUUCCGUUCCUGAUUUUGUCGAUCGGCGUCGACGACGUAUUCAUUUUCAUUCAUGCGUGGCAUCGAACUCCCGCAAAGUGAGUUUUCCUUUCCUUUUCGACUUUAUGCUAUAUACCCCCAUUCCAGACACUCGGUCCGUGACCGUAUGGCAGAAACGUUGGCCGACGCGGGACCGUCGAUCUCGAUCACCUCGCUGACGAACCUCCUCUCGUUCGGCAUCGGAAUUUUCACGCCGACGCCGGCGAUCUACACGUUCUGCGUGUUCAUUUCGACGGCCGUCAUCUACGACUACGUCUACCAGAUCUUCUUCUUCUCGGCCGUUCUCGUGCUGGGCGGCGAUCGAGAGGAGCGCCGAAUGAACGCGUAUUUCUGGUGGAAGUACGAGCCGAUUCAGGAGGAGAAAAAGAACGAGAAGCCCGGCAAGCAUGUGGAGAUGUUCAAUAAAGUGAUGGGCAAGAUUCUGGACGUAUGGGUCGACUUUAUAAUGGCCACGUGGAGCAAGUUCUUCAUCGGCGCCAUCAUGCUCACCUACUGGUUGUUCAUGGCUCGCGGAGUGCUCCAGAUCGCCGUUGGCCUCAGUUCCGAGAAGCUCUUCCUCGACGACUCGCCGCUCCUUCCACUGGUACGCCUUCAGACGAACGUCAUCUUCAAAGAGGGCGGCCAGGUCGCCGUCUUUGUGAACAACCCCGGCAACAUGAGCGAACCGGACGCCGUGCCCGAGAUUAUGCGGAUACUGCGGAGGUUCGAGACCGCCAACAAUAGUGUCGGCGCGGCCAGCACCCAUAUGUGGCUCCUCCCAUACUUGCCCUACGUCGGAGAGCAAGAGCACGGAUCCAUCGAGUUCAAGUACCGAUAUCUGCCCGAAUUCUUCAAGCUAAUGGAGUACAGACGCUGGUCACACUUUGUCAACCUCGGCAAUCAUCAGUGAGUUGAAGCAAAAACGGUUUGCCGGCGAGUGGGGAUCGAACCUGCGGCCUUGUGGGUGACGGCACAGGUGAAACGCGGUUGAUCAAUUAUACAAUUGAGCCAAUUGUAGACAAAUUAUCAACAAAUCGCGAACGGGAUGAGAAGCAGAUUGGCGCACCACACAGUGUAUAAUAAAAAAAUCGCGCUUGUUCGCGAUUGAUGUAUAAUUAGUGAAUUAUUGACAAGUUCGCGAACGAGGGUGCACAAUCGACAAACCGGCGAACGGGCUGGUCACUCUGAGUUUCGCUUUUGAAUUCAAAUAUUUGUGAUUUUUUCAUAUUUUGUUGGUUUUUAUUGCAAUUUCGCAUGCUUUUUUGUAAUUAAACCAAAGUAGAGCAUACAGGUUUCGCAUUUCAAUUCGUUAUGGUUCAUUGCCACGACUAAUACUUCCAGAAACAGACAGCCGCAGGUGAGAAAAUGGAUUUUUGAUUCAAUUGCAUCAGAAAAAAGAUUUCAGAUAAUGCGAACGAAUUUGGAAAAAGAGAAGAAUAACUGGAAGUUAUUAAUGCCGACCAAGAUUUAAAAAAGUGAUUCGAGUGUGCCGGGCGCAGAGUUCGAACAGUGUCAGACGGCCUAUUCCUCGCAAAAACGAACAACGUGGUCGUUGGACGGUGAGAUUCAGAAGGAUACAUAGAAAAUCAAUCAUUCAAUUUCAGUCAAUGUUCGUCUUCGAAUAGUGUGUGAGAAGAAAACGAUGGCGUUUCGAAAAAGGAAAGAAAAAGAUGAACACAUUCAGCAUGAGGGCGAAGUCGCAGAAGUAAUCGCCGACUGUUACGUGAUUUUUCUACUCAAUAUUGAUCAAUUCUUUUUCGAUUUUUUUCUUUCACUUCUUCUUUUUGUCUCUAACAUUGCAUUCUGUUAUUUUGUUACUUUUUUCGUUUAAUAAAGUUAUCUCGUCUCAAGUGCGAUUUGUGAAAAAUUGGCUUGUUAUACAAUGGGCGAUUUGCGCAGGAUUUGUCAAUUAUAUAAUGCCCGUUCGCGAUUUGUCAGUUAUUAAUCAACAAUUCGCUUCAUCGCGCGUACCUGGAGAAAAAAUCUGGGAUACAUCGCGAACUAAUUCCACACUUUUCGCGAUUCACCUGUGGGGCAAAAGCGCUAUCCAGCUAACUAACUAGAAUACUGGCAUCGGCGCGGCGGAGGGCAGUGAUAAGAGUGGUGGGCGCGGGCGCCGUGCGAAUUUUAUGCUGAAAACAAGUUUAUGGAGAAAAAAAAAUCAAUAAUUUCUUGCAGAGACUGUCUGUCGGAAAAGCCGACGUGCCUGCAAAAGUUCGUCUUCUCCACCGGCUUCCACAACGCCGUCUCGUGGUCCGAUCGGCUGGAACUUUUGGAGAAUUGGCGUCAAAUGGCCACCGAGUACCAGCACCUGAACCUGACAAUCUACGAGGACUUUAGCAUGUACUCGGACCAGCUGCUGACCAUCGUGCCCGUCACCGAGUCGACCGUCAUUUGCGCCCUCUUCUGCAUGAUUCUCAUUCUGACGCUUUUCACGCCGUCGCCCGUCACUAUUGUCACUUCGACCGCCGCCGUGCUCUCCAUCAAUUUGGGCGUUUUCGGAUGUCUCGUCUACAUGAACAUCGACUUGGACCCGAUUUCGGUGAGUAUCUCGAAAACUAGAAGAGAUUGAGGGGUUUGGGCCAAGAGACAAAGUUGAGCGGCGUGAAAUUUCUUGUUUCACUGUCUCGCCAACAGCUAAUGCGAAAUUGAGCGCCGCGUUAAAACGGAGUGUCGUUGAAAACAAAAGCAAGUCUGAAAUUUCGGGAUUUUUUUCCGAAAACCCGAAAUUUCAUCCGAAAAUGAGAAAAAUCAAGUAAAACAGAGAAUUUCUGAAUUGUUAAUGACAGCUGUGACCUUAAAUUAGCGUUUUCCCACAAGAAAGCGCGCAUUAUUGCACCUUUCUGUGAAUUUCGGUCCGGAUCCUCAAAAACUGAAAUUUCUCAGUCAUUUUAGCAUUUUAUGGGCCGUCUCUGUGCUCAAAAUGACCGCCCUUGUCUGCUGAACAAUCGUGAGGCAACUGUUUUCUCAAAACUUCCGAACGUUCUUUUUUUUCAGGCCAAAUUUAAAAAAAAACUAAAUUACUCUUCAAAUUUUCACUUUUACACGAGCACUCUGUGAUCUUUUUGUAGCUAUCGGUCAUAUGAACAAACGUGAGGCAAACGUUUUGAAGGAAAACUGCGCAUAAUCCCAAAAACUCGGGAAAACAUUGUUUUCAGUUGAAAACCCGUAUCCCGUAAAUCGACACUGAGAGCCGCACGCAAAAAAAUCACUUUUUUUUCGCCGAAGGGGAGACAGUGUGUUUAUAGGUAAUUUUUCGCUGAUCAACUUUCUCUCUUGCCAGUUUUUUGUAUCUUUUACGGUUUUCGAGUUUCAGCGUGAUUCAUUUAGCACGUGAAUUCUAGCGGUCAUAUCUCAAAAACUAGAAAAGAUACGACAAAAUCUCUAGAGACAAGAUUGCUCAGCGCAAAAUUCUCUAUUAAAUGAGCGUAAUCAAUUUUUGGAGCGACAAUUUUCAUUUUCAUUUUCAAUUUUCAGAUGACGACGCUCCUUAUGGCGAUCGGAUUCUCUGUGGAUUUUGUGGCGCACGUCACGUGGCACUACUACAAGGGCGAAUUCCAAUCGAAGCGGGCGCGAAUCCGUCACGCGCUCGCCGGCAUCGCGUGGCCCAUGUUCCAGGCGGGAACGUCGACGAUGAUGGCGAUUUCGGUGCUCGCGAUGGUGCACGCCUACAUGGUGCAAGUGUUCGUGAAAGUCGUCGUGCUCGUCAUCUUCUUGGGAAUGAUUCACGGACUCGUCGUGCUGCCGGUCGUCUUCGCCGCGCUUCCGUUCACAAAACGUCGGGACCGCAGAAGAAAAAGGUGGCGCCGCUGCAGAUGCACCAAGCGGGACCGAUUCCGAAGAAGGAGGCUAUCGAGGACCGGAGGGAUGAGGAGGAGAAGCCGAAGGAUCACGGAGACGUCGAGAAACAAGUCCGGUGCUCGGAAAGAGCCUAA